AGCAAGCUCAGAGGGAAAUCGAGACGAGCAGAAAGUGAUGGAAAACAUUCCCUUGUUUGGGUUUUUGGGGUUAUAUAAAACCCCAUUUUUCACUUUCAUUUUUUGAGCUGUUUGUCUGCUCUCUCCCUCUCUCUCUGGACUCUGGAUCCGCCAAUUCACUGACCCGACUCUUUCUGGACCCUGCUUCCGGGUCACUCUGCAUCGGCUUUCCGCAAUGGGUUGCGUCAGCUCCAAGCAGGCGGUGUCUGUCACGCCGGCGUUCGACCACUCGGGUAGGUUCAACUCGGGUCGGAUUCGGGUGGGGCUGGAGAAUGACAAGGCCAGCCACAAGAGUUACGGGAACAGCAACCACAAGAAGAAUGGCGAGUUGAGUUGUUGUGGAAGCGAGUUGGGUGAGUCCGGGAGAGCGAGUUCUAACGGUGAUUCGUUGAGCUUUAGGUUGCGGAAUUUGCCUAAGUAUAUUGAAGGUGAACAAGUUGCCGCCGGGUGGCCUGCCUGGCUUAGUGCCGUCGCCGGUGAAGCCAUUCGGGGAUGGGUACCGCUUAAAGUCGAUGCGUAUGAGAAAUUGGAGAAGAUAGGACAAGGUACGUACAGCAGUGUGUUCCGAGCUCGUGAGCUUGAAACUGGGAGGAUUGUUGCUUUGAAGAAGGUUCGCUUCGAUAAUUUUGAGCCUGAGAGUGUCCGGUUCAUGGCAAGAGAGAUAUUGAUUCUCCGCAGGCUCAACCAUCCCAACGUCAUGAAAUUGGAUGGAUUAAUUACUUCCCGUUUAUCAUGUAGCAUUUACCUGGUAUUUGAGUACAUGGAGCAUGACAUCACUGGCCUCUUGUCUUGCCCUGAUGUCAGGUUCAGUGAAUCACAGAUAAAAUGCUACAUGAAGCAAUUGCUAUCUGGACUCGAGCACUGUCACUCAAUGGGUGUAAUGCAUCGAGACAUCAAAGGAUCAAAUCUUCUUGUAAACAAUGAAGGACUAUUGAAGGUGGGAGAUUUUGGAUUGGCAAACUUCUGCAAUUCCGGGCACAGGCAACCUUUAACCAGUCGUGUUGUAACUUUGUGGUACCGUCCUCCAGAACUUCUACUAGGUUCGACUGAUUAUGGAGCAUCUGUGGAUCUUUGGAGCGUUGGCUGUGUAUUUGCAGAGCUUCUCCUUGGAAAACCUGUUCUUCAAGGGAGAACAGAGGUUGAACAAUUACACAAAAUUUUCAAGCUUUGUGGGUCCCCACCUGAUGAAUACUGGAAAAAAUCUAAACUUCCUCAUGCAACUUUAUUCAAACCACAACAACCUUAUGAUAGCUGUCUUCGUGAGACCUUCAAAGAUUUGCCAGCAACUGCUGUGAACCUGAUAGAAACACUUCUGUCUGUAGAGCCAUACAAGCGUGGGACUGCUACCUCUGCUCUAGCAUCUGAGUAUUUCACCGCAAAACCUUAUGCAUGUGAUCCAUCAAGCUUGCCAAAAUAUCCACCCAGCAAAGAGAUAGAUGCCAAAAACCGUGAAGAGGCAAGGAGGAAAAAGAUCAGCGGGAAAAUUCGUGGUGCUGAAACAAGAAAGCCAACAAGAAAACCUGGUGGAAUCUGUAAACUGGCACCAGCAGAGAAUGCAGCAGCUCGAAUGCAAUGUGCUCAAAAUAAGACUGGUAAUAAUAUACGUAUUCCUAAAGGAGGAGAUGGCAACUCUGGUGGAGAGGCACGGAAGCCAUCAUUUGACAAAAUGGAAGAGAUUUUCCAUGUAAAGAAUGCAUCCCAAGGAGACAUUCCCUUUUCUGGCCCAUUACAGGUUUCUAGUUCAAGUGGCUUUGCAUGGGCAAAAAGGCAGAAGGACGAUGUGUGUAUAAGAUCCCACAAUGGGUCUAUUUCAAGAGGUCACAUUAACAAUGGAUUGGAACACUCUACUGCAUUGCAAGAAAAGAACAGUUUUGAUUCAAGACGACAUGAUAAUGGAGAUGUCACAUAUGGGAUCCGAACCAAUUCUGGGGGCCAUGAUUCAUAUGAAAUUUCCAAGCAUGCUUUGCAGAAACAGUGGAGUCAAUUUGAAAGGCCAGAUUCCUUUGAUGCUUCUGAAGGGUACCAUUCACAAGAACUAUCAUUGGCACUUUAUCAAAGAGAGGAAAUGGAAGCAAAGAGAAAUAAUUUGGGUUUUCAAGGUCAAGGAGACAAGGUUGAUUUUUCUGGACCCUUACUAACCCAAUCACAUAGAGUGGAUGAGCUCCUCGAAAGACAUGAACGCCACAUUCGCCAGGCUGUUCGAAAGUCAUGGUUUCAAAGAGGAAAGAAACUUGGGAAGUGAGCAUCACCAGAUGUAUUGGCUUCAUGGAGUACUUUUUGAGGACAGCUGCAUCUCUCUCUUCCUUAUGUGGAGAGGUGAUGGAACCUCACAUGAGUAGUCAGUUAUCAAGAAUCCCAGCCCUCAAGAGCAAGGAUCAUGUUAACUAGUCCUUCCCACUAAUUGGCCUGAUGAACCAUCAGACGAAGUAGAAUAUCCUACACAAGACUGGCGACGAAUGAGAUUUAGCGAGCAGUACAUAGCAAAAAGCAUGAAAAGGGAUGAGGAAGCAAAGAGCGGUCCACAAUGAUGGUUCGCUCUCUCUUCUUUCACCCUGCCCCAUGAGAGCAUUAGUUUAUUUGUUUUUAGCUUUAUUCCUUUUUUGUAUUGAAUUAUCUCCUUCCUCUUUUGUUCUUUUUUCCAUUCCCCUCUUUCUUCACUUUCCUCCUUUCAGUGAGGUUACUUGUAUUUUGAAAAUUUUCUUCGAUUUAAUCAAAUCCUCUGCUCUGUAUAUAUAGCAUAUCUUUAGUCAUGAUUUGUAAGACUUUGGCAUCAAAUGUCUUUUUCUCCUAUUAUUAGCAUUGCAUUGCUUCUCA